CUGGAAAGUGGCGGAGCGCUCUGGAGAAGCCUGGACAGCCUCGCUCCCCCGCAGCCAGGUGCUACGGUCGGGAGUAAAGUGAGAGUCCGGCCGUCUUCGAGCGCCUGGGCCACGGCGGCGGCCCUGGGAGCAGAGGUGGAGCAACCCCAUUACUCUAAAGAUGAAAGGCUGGGGUUGGCUGGCCCUGCUUCUGGGGGCCCUGCUGGGAACUGCCUGGGCUCGGAGGAGCCAGGAUCUACAUUGUGGAGCUUGCAGGGCUCUGGUGGAUGAACUAGAGUGGGAAAUCGCCCAGGUGGAUCCCAAGAAGACCAUUCAGAUGGGCUCUUUCCGAAUCAAUCCAGAUGGCAGCCAGUCAGUGGUGGAGGUGCCUUAUGCUCGAUCAGAGGCCCACCUCACAGAGCUGCUAGAGGAGGUAUGUGACCGGAUGAAGGAGUAUGGGGAACAAAUUGACCCUUCCACCCACCGCAAGAACUACGUACGUGUAGUGGGCCGGAAUGGAGAAUCCAAUGAACUGGACCUACAGGGCAUCCGAAUUGAUUCAGACAUCAGUGGCACUCUCAAGUUUGCGUGUGAGAGCAUUGUGGAGGAAUAUGAGGAUGAACUCAUUGAAUUCUUUUCCCGAGAGGCUGACAAUGUUAAAGACAAACUUUGUAGUAAGCGAACAGAUCUAUGUGACCAUGCCCUGCACAUAUCGCAUGAUGAGCUAUGAACCACUGGAGCGGCCCAGACUGACAGGCUUGAUGGAUCACCCCCAGGAGGGGAAGAGGGUGGCAAUGCCUUUUAUAUUAUGUUUUUAUUGAAAUGAACUGAAAAAUUGUGAAACCAAAA